UCCCUUUUUUUUUUUUUUUUUUGAUUUUGUGGGAAAGAGUCUAGUAAUUUUGUUAAACCCUAAAAGCCCUUGUUUCGUCGGACAACCUUUUUUCUAUGGCGGCAGCUCCAUUUCUGUUUCCGGUUGCCAGUCGCCGCCGCCUUGUCGUUGGUCGUCGUUCUUCAGGCUCAAGAAGGACGGUGGCUUGCAUCCCAAGUACAGGCAGUUCAUCAUCAUGUUUGCCCAGUUCCAGCUUUCAUCAUUGCAUAAUACCUUCCCAUUCGAAAACGAGUGGCACAAAUUGAGCGAACAAUGUUUUCUACAGAGGAUUGGAAUGCAAUACCACUGGAGAAAUUGCGACUAUAAAAGUUUUGAUGAGUUCUUGAUGGAUAUCAAGCAAAGCAAAAGGAAAAACAUUCAUCAAGAGCGCAAAAAGAUUUCACAGCAGAACUUGACCAUGAAAUGUCUUCGAGGCUAUGAAACAAAGUGCACGUGGCCAUCAGUGAAAGGAGUUAUGCAUGGAAAAAUGGAAGUCUGCAGAGUCAUUAGACCCCCAGCUAGUGCAAGCCAAGAAAGGGAAGCCUAGAAUUUCUUCAAACAGUUUUGAAUAAUCUGCUUUUACUCAAGAUGUGUUUUCGUGACUGCUUGAUUGCCUCAAAAAAUUGGUGCAGUGGAUUAUACCCAUCGAAUGUGCUGCAAUAUAUGAUGUUUAGUUUCUUUUUCUUUUUAUUUGUUAUGUUUAGAAAAUUAGUGAUCACUAUUACACUCCUAUGGUCAUUAACUAAGAAAUGCUUAUUGGUGAAUUGUGGCAACAAAGGUUAUAGAUUUUAUUUUCCACUUAUAAUGUACUUCACAUUUUAUUUGA